AUGAGGACUUCCUGCUUGUCAUCAGUGUUACUUUGGAGCUGCAUUUUCCAUGCAAUUCAUACAGUUCCAUCCCCCAAAAGGACUAACAAGCACUCACAAGGUGAAAGGGUAAGAGGAUUGUCAGAGCAUGACGGAAAAACACUGCGCCGCACCAAGCGGGGCUGGAUGUGGAAUCAAUUUUUCUUGCUGGAGGAGUACACAGGUCCAGAUACUCAAUAUGUGGGCAAGCUACACACUGACCAAGAUAAAGGAGAUGGAAAUUUAAAAUACAUAUUAACAGGAGAUGGUGCUGGCAGUCUGUUCGUUAUAGAUGAAAACACAGGAGACAUUCACGCCGCCAAGAAAUUGGACAGAGAAGAAAAGUCUCUCUACGUGCUGCGUGCCAAGGCUAUAGACAGGAAAACUGGAAGACAAGUGGAGCCAGAGUCAGAGUUUAUCAUUAAAAUCCACGAUAUCAAUGACAAUGAGCCCAAGUUCACCAAGGACCUGUACACCGCCAGCGUUCCGGAGAUGUCUGGAGUCGGUACAUCUGUUCUUCAAGUGACAGCCACAGAUGCUGAUGAUGCCAACUAUGGAAACAGUGCCAAAGUGGUGUACAGCAUUCUCCAGGGACAGCCAUAUUUCUCAGUGGAUCCAGAAACAGGCAUAAUCAGGACUGCUUUACCAGAUAUGAGCAGAGAAAACAGAGAACAGUAUCAAGUGGUCAUCCAGGCCAAAGACAUGGGAGGACAGAUGGGAGGCCUGUCAGGGACCACCACGGUGAACAUCACACUGACUGAUGUCAAUGACAAUCCACCUCGCUUCCCCCAGAGUAUGGAGCUUCUCACAAUGGAGAGAGGAUAUGGGGUGUGGAGAUUGGAAAAGUUGCUGGAUUUUGAGAACAAGAUGAUGUACACCUUAAAAGUGGAAGCAACCAACACUCACCCCGACCCUCGUUUCCUUCGGCUGGGGCCAUUCAAAGACACAGCUUUGGUCAAAAUUUCUGUGGAAGACACAGAUGAACCUCCAGUGUUCAGCAGACCAUGGUACUUAAUCGAGGUAGAUGAGGAUGCCAAGGAAGGAAGCAUCAUUGGGCAUGUUGUAGCCCAGGAUCCGGACGUAGCAAACAAUGCAAUAAAGUACUCUGUGGAUCGACGCACUGACCUUGACAGAAUAUUCAACAUCUAUGCAGGGAAUGGAUCCUUAUUCAUCUCCAAGCCUCUAGACCGGGAAGAAACUCCCUGGCACAACAUCACUGUCACUGCAACUGAAAUCAAUAAUCCUAAACAAAGCAGCCAGAUACCUGUCUUCAUUCGGAUUUUAGACAUAAAUGAUCAUGCACCAGAAUUUGCCCAGUACUAUGAAACCUUUGUUUGUGAAAAUGCAAAAGCAGGACAGCUGAUACAGACUGUGAGUGCAGUGGACAGAGACGAGCCCCCACGAGGACACAGAUUUUUCUUUGAGCUGGUGCCAGAAUUUGCUGCUCAGCCAAACUUCUCCAUUGUGGACAACAAAGAUAACACAGCAGGAAUUAUGACCAGAAGAAACGGCUACAGCCGCAGUAAGACGAGUACCUACCUCCUGCCAAUCCUAAUCUUUGACAAUGACUACCCCAUCCAGAGCAGCACUGGCACCUUGACCAUCCGAGUGUGUGCCUGUGACAGCCAUGGCAACAUGCAGUCCUGCAGUGCUGAGGCCUUGUUCCUCCCUGCUGGCCUCAGCACGGGGGCACUGGUGGCCAUUCUCCUUUGCAUCAUCAUCCUGCUAGUAUUAGUUGUCUUGUUUACGGCUCUCAAGAAGCAGAGGAAGAAAGAACCUCUGAUCAUCUCCAAGGACGAUGUUCGGGACAACAUCGUGACCUACAAUGAUGAAGGAGGUGGGGAGGAAGACACCCAGGCUUUUGACAUUGGCACACUGAGAAAUCCAGAAGCGAGGGAAGAAAGCAAGAUGAGGAGGGAUGUUAUCCCAGAAACUAUAUUCCAGAUAAGGCGGACUGCGCCUCUUUGGGAAAAUAUCGAUGUCCAAGAUUUUAUCCAUAGGAGGUUAAAGGAGAAUGAUUCAGACCCAGCUGCCCCUCCUUACGAUUCACUAGCAACCUAUGCCUACGAGGGAAAUGAUUCCAUAGCGAAUUCCCUCAGCUCCCUGGAAUCUCUCACCACGGAGGCUAACCAGGAUUAUGAUUACCUCAGUGACUGGGGACCUCGGUUUAAAAAACUGGCGGAUAUGUACGGGGGAGAGGAUAGCGAUCGAGAGUGA